AUGAUUCAUGUCUAUGCUUCAUGUGGUGUUUGGGAAUUGGUUAUAUCUUCAGGUUGGAGUUUUAAUGUUGAUAAAAAGAAAGGGGGAAGGUUACUUGCUUUGGAAUUGAAGUCUUCUCUGGAAGAGUUACAGAAAAUUGUUAUAGAGGAUUUUGGUUUUGAAGAAACAGAUGCUGAUUUGGAGUUGAGUUACCUUCCUAUUGGAUUGAUCAAUUCAUCAAAUUGUCCACCAGUGAUCAUUGGAAACUCAAGGCAAGUUCAAAAUUUUCUAGGGUUUUGUAAGAAGCAUCAGUCAACUCAAUUGUGUGUCAGCUAUAAAGCAAAGCAAGGAAAUCCAAAUAAGAUCGACAUUGAUCUUAAUAAGAUGCCAACUGAUGCAAGUACUAGUGAAGAGAACAAGCGAAAUCCUUGUGACAUUGGGACCGCUUCAAAUAUUGUUAAGGGGGCUAAGCAUAACGAGAAGAAGAAAGGGAAGAUGAAGCAAAGUGAAGUUGAUGGAGAUGAUUAUGAUGCUGACAAGCAUAACGAGAAGAAGAAAGGAAAAAUGAAGCAAGACGAGGUUGAAGGAGAUGAUGAUGAUGCUGAGAAGAUCAAUUCUGAAAAAGAAAACAGAGAAAAAUUGGCAAAGAGUCAGGUGGUCGAAUUGGUUAAGACGGGAGAUCUUUUCCUCAACAAAACAGUUUUGAAAGCGAGGUUUGAGUUAUGUGCAAUGAAGCAUAACUUUCACUACACAGUUACCAACUCCAAUAAAUCAGUUUGGUGUAUUAGAUGCGCUGAUAAGGUGUGCUUUUGGGGUGCUCGAGCUGAGUGUUUGAAGGGCUCCACAUAUUUUAUUAUUAAGAAGUAUGUCGGUGUACAUUCCUGCGCACCUUCAAACAAAACCAGUGCCGGAAGGACAGCUUCAGCGAAAACGAUAGGCAAUCUGAUAAUGCAUAAAUAUGAAGGUAUCAAGGAAGGGCCUAAAGCGAAAGAUAUUGUUCAGAUUAUGCGCAAUGAUUAUGGAUGUGAGAUCUCUGAUUCUUUAGCAUGGGAUUCCCGUGAAUAUGCAGUCAACGCUGUUAGAGGUAUUCCAGAGGAAAGUUAUGGGAAAAUACCAAAAUAUUUGCACAUGCUGCGAGAGGCCAAUCCGGGUACACAUUCCUCUUACAAGACUGACGUCGAUGGUAGAUUUCGAUAUCUGUUUAUAGCGUUUGGUCAAUCGAUCAGAGGCUUUAACACAGUCAUGAGGCGUGUCAUUGUUGUCGAUGGAACAUUCUUGAAGAGUAAAUUCAAAGGGGUGCUACUGGUUGCAACUGCUAUAGAUGGAAAUUCAAAUUUAUAUCCUAUUGCAUUUGGGAUAGUAGACUCUGAGAAUGAGCAGUCUUGGGAAUGGUUUAUGAGAGAAUUAAAAGUUGUUGUUGCUGAUGAUAAUGGUUUGGCUUUUAUUUCGGAUAGACAAGUGUCAAUAGCGAAGGCACUGGAGAAAGUGUAUCCGCUAGCGAGACAUGGUAUCUGUAUUCAUCAUUUGUUGAAUAAUGUGAUAUCAUAUUUCAAGGGGAAGGGAUUAGCUGGGUUGAUUUCUAAGGCUUCAAAGGCUUAUAGAGUGGUUGAUUUCAAGAAGACGUUUGCUCAUGUUUGCAAUAUCAGUCCAGCAAUUGGAACGUAUCUUAUGGAAGCAGAUGUCAAAAAGUGGGCUAGAUGUCAAUUUCAUGGAUACAGGUAUGACAUUAGGACAAACAAUCCUGCAGAGUCGAUAAAUUCUGCGUUGCGUUCGCCGAGAGAGUUUCCCGUAAUUCCUUUGUUGGACAGUAUUAGAGAAAUGCUGACACGUUGGUUUUUUAAGCGUAAGAAGUUGAUUUCAAAGCACACCCACCGUUUGACCAUAGAUGUGGAGGAAAAGAUUGAUAGGAGAAUUGGAAAGGGGAAAACUUUCGGAGUUUACCCUGUAACCGAUAGCCAGCUGCUUGUUAAAGGCGAUACAAUUGACUGCUUUGUUGAUUUGGACAAACGGACUUGUUCUUGUGGGAAGUACGACCUUUCGAAAAUCCCUUGUAGACACGCAAUAAAAGCUGGUUUCUUUGUUGGUAGAGAACCAUAUACAUUGACUGAUUUUUUGUAUACCACGGGAGCUUGGAGAGAAGCUUAUCAAGAAAGCAUAAAUCCCAUUUCAGUUCCUGAAGAUGGUUGGUCUGUCCCACAAGUUGUGGAAAAUUCUGAAGUGCUACCGCCUGAGACAAGAAGAUCUCUUGGAAGAAAUAGAAAACGCAGAUAUGAAACUGUUGAAGACAAAAUCCGAUCAUCACAAGGAUCACAGGGGGGUCAGUCUCGUAAGUGCAGUAGAUGUGGUCUUGGUGGUCAUAAUAGAGCAACUUGCAAGAUGCCAAUAUAG